UCCUCUCGUCAGGCUUUGAUAUAGACACCCCUGACGACUUUGGAAGGACCUGUUUACAUGCUGCAGCAGCUGUUGGGAACCUGGACUGUCUGAAUCUGCUGCUCAACACAGGGGCAGACUUCAACAGAAAGGACAGCUUCGGAAGGAGUCCUCUGCAUUAUGCGGCAGCCAAUUGUAACUACCAGUGUCUGUUUGCCUUGGUGGGGUCUGGGGACAGUGUGAACGAUCUGGAUAAAAGGGGUUGCACCCCGCUCCACUACGCUGCUGCCUCCGACACAGACGGAAAGUGUCUGGAAUAUUUGCUGCGAAACGACGCUAACCCAGGGAUCAGGGACAAUCAGGGCUACAACGCAGUCCAUUACGCGUCUGCGUACGGACACCGCCUCUGUCUGGAGCUGAUUGCAAGUGAAACACCUUUAGAUGUGCUAAUGGAAACCUCAGGGACAGACAUCCUGAACGACUCUGAUGUCAGAGCUCCCAUCAGCCCCCUACACUUAGCUGCGUACCACGGCCACCACCAUGCUAUGGAGGUCCUGGUUCAGUCUCUGCUGGAUCUAGACGUGAGGAACAGCCAGGGGCGCACCCCUCUGGACCUGGCUGCCUUUAAAGGCCAUGUGGAGUGUGUUGACGUCCUCAUCAACCAGGGAGCCUCCAUCCUGGUUAAAGACUUCACCCUGAAGAGGACCCCCAUCCACGCUGCAGCUACCAACGGUCAUUCGGAGUGUUUGCGUUUGCUGAUUGGAAAUGCUGACCUCCAGAGUGCAGUGGACGUUCAAGACGGGAAUGGACAAACCCCUCUGAUGGUGUCGGUGCUGAGCGGACACACAGACUGUUUGUACUCACUGCUCAACAAGGGAGCCAGCGUAGAAGCCAAAGACAAGUGGGGCAGAACAGCGCUACACAGAGGGGCGGUGACGGGUCAUGAGGAGUGUGUGGAGGCCCUGCUGCAGCACAGCGCCAGCUUCCUGGUUCGGGACUGUAAGGGGCGGACCCCUGUCCACGUGGCGGCGGCAUCCGGACACAUCGGGGUGCUGGGUGGGCUCCUACACGCCGCCCAGUCAGUGGAGACCCUCCCCGUCAUCACAGACAACCAGGGCUACACGGCACUACACUGGGCCUGGUACAACG